AUUUGCCCAAUUUCGGGAACUUUAUGCAAAGCCUAUCAAACGAGGCCAAGAAGAGAAAAGCUCCAAGGCUGAAAGUGCCUAUGCUAAAAGGCGUUGCUGCAACUAUACCUCCAAAGUAUGAAUAUACGCUUUUCGUUCCCCUCACUGGACUGCAACGACAUCUUUAUCUUCAAACUUUAAAAGGAAUGAACUUCCUUUCUGGUCAAAAGAGAAUGAGUCACUUUUUAGCAAUCUAUAUUUUGUGUCUUAUAUGUUCAAUACCAGGUGUUUUAAGAACAUAUCUAGAACAUAAAUACAAUGACUGCGAUGAAGGUCAGAUUAGGAAUUCCGAGGAUUGGUUUGAUGCUCCAGAUUUUCUGCCGCUAAAGAAAACGUUGGAGGCAACAACAAGCAAGGAGUAUCUGCAGACGUUGUAUUCAGUCUUGUCUUUUCCUCUCAAUGAAUUGGCUUCGCUCUCAUUGGAUAGUUUUGAAACGGAUCCAUUUCAAAGCUUUAAACUAUUGGUGCUUCUGGAACUCGUUUCUCAUAGUUUAGAAUUGAAUGAGAAAAUCAUUAUUUUUACUCGUUCUAUUCCUUUAUUGGAAAGUAUUGUGAAUUUUCUCAAUUUGUAUAUUUCGUCGAAUAGAGACUCUAUCGGCAUCGACUCGUUUGAUGGACGAACCCCCAUUUUUCGUCGAAGACAUCUUAUCGAACAAUUCAAUGAGCCAGAUUCACCACUUAAAGUCUUGGUAUUGUCCACCGGUACUGGUGGUGAAGGUAUUAGCUUAGCAGCUGCGAGUCGGGUAAUUAUAUUCGACUGCAGUUGGAAUCCUUCGCAUGAUAUGCAGGCAGCUUGUCGAGCAUAUCGUUAUGGACAGACAAAACCUGUUUUUGUUUACCGUUUGGUUACAAAGAACACUGUAGAAGAAAAGAUGUAUUCUUUGGGUCGCAACAAGACUGAGUUAUCACGUUGGGUGGUUGAGAAUGACACAAGGGAAGAAAUUGUUAUACCAGAGUUGAGUUGGAGAUAUCUCAAUCAAACUCGUGAUCUUGUUAGUUAUGUGCAAUAUCCAUCCGUGACGGAUCGUGAAAUAUUGGAAGAAGACUCAAUUAUGAAUAUUUUGGCAAAGUCUCAAGUUGGAAGCAGUUACCCUUUUCUGAUGGGAUUUUUUAAUAAAAGGAAGAAAAGUGAAGAGAUAGAUUCCUAUGGUAUAGGACCUGAGCAUUAUAUGAUCCAUUCCAUUUGUCGCUGUGAAGGACGAAAGUCAGAUGAAUUGUGCUUGGAUUCUCAAGAAGAAAGAAUUCUUGCUCGCAAAGAAUUCGCAAAUGAUUUUAACAAGAUUCUGCACAGACGUAAGAUGGUACAGAAAGCUGGAUAAAGUCGUAGUGGUUUGUAGGCUCUUUGUUAUUUUAUAUUAGGCUGUUCUUGAAUGCAAUGUUUUGGCUAAAGCUUUGCUUUGGAAGUAUUGGACUGUGAUAUUAUUUCCAAAGAGAGCUAUACCUGAGAGGAUCAUUGGGCACGUCAGAAUUUCGCUUUGUUGUGAAGUCUUUGCAGAAGAGGAGAAAGAAGCGGAGUAGUAUGAUUUUUUCGCACUGGUUUUAAUGUACACUAUAUCUUCGGUAUCAUUAUUAUGUUUCAGAAUGUUUUAAACUAUCAGAGGUGCUUGCAAAUUUGUUAGAAUGAUAUGUCUAUAAUCAGAAACAGUAAACAAUUUCAUUCGCCCCUUCAACUCGCCCUUCGUACCCUCAUGGAAA